AAAAAACUAGGCAACGCGUCAGAACAAGACCGAAAGAUCUACUGAUGUCUUCUAGUAGAUCUAGAUCUAGAAUCUAGGUACUUUCUGCCUAGAACCAUUGAAGUCAUCCGCUAGGUAUUUCUGCUUAAAAGGUUGGUCGUCUGUAAGGUAUUUACUACCUGGAACUAUGGUCAAGGGGGGAAAAAAGCGCAAGGUAAUGCAAGACAAGAGCGCUGGAGCCACACUCAAAAUAGCGGGCUGUGUGCUUCGUAGGCGCCUUGUUAGGUUGGUUACAAGAAUCGGAUCCAGUGGCCUCCUGGGCUGGAAGAGCCAGCCCCAAGAGUCCUCGUUGACAGAAAAUACAGAAGAAAGUCAGGAGACUGAAGACACACAUCCAAACAAUGACGCCACUGACGCCAACACCAAUCAACCUGACACCAGUGACCCUAACCAAAAUGACCCCGAGGCCGAACAGCACAAGUCAAAUGAUUCGGAGGUCACGAACCCCAGUGAAAGUGACACCGAGGACAUGGAGACCGACUUGAGUGACCCUGACCCCAGUGACCCUGUCAACAGUGACCCUGGCAACAGUGACCCUGGCCCCAGUAACCUUGGCAAUGACCCUGUCAACAGUGACCCUGUCAACAGUGACCCUGUCAACAGUGACCCUGGCCCCAGUAACCUUGGCAACAGUAAGCCUGGCCCCAGUAACCUUGGCAACAUUAAGCCUAGCCCCAGUAACCUUGGCCACAGCGACCCUGGCCCCAGUAACCUUGGCAACAUUAAGCCUAGCACCAGUAACCUUGGCAACAGUAAGCCUGGCCCCAGUAACCUUGGCAACAUUAAGCCUAGCCCCAGUAACCUUGGCCACAGCGACCCUGGCCCCAGUAACCUUGGCAACAUUAAGCCUAGCCCCAGUAACCUUGGCAACAGUAAGCCUGGCCACAGUAACCUUGGCAACAUUAAGCCUGGCCCCAGUAACCUUAGCCACAGCGACCCUGGCCCCAGUAACCUUGGCAACAGUAAGCCUGGCCCCAGUAACCUUGGCAACAGUAAGCCUGGCCCCAGUAACCUUGGCAACAGUAAGCUUGGCAACAGUGACAAUGGCAACAGUAACCUUGGCAACAGUGAACCUGACCCCAGUUUUCAAGACGGAGAUGUAGACAGCAAAGAGAAUAUCCGUAUACUGAUGUCAACAUCGGCCCCGGGGAUGUCUGAAGGUGUUGAUAGCAACAUCAACAAUGUCCGGCAUGACUUCGCCAACCAGAAGACAGCAGCCAAGAGGGGGCCCAAGAAGAAGAAGAAGAAGUCGGUUAAGGGGAAGCGACUUGUGGCGCGCUCUAUUGGGAGACCUAAGUUGAAGAGGGGAUUAAGACCCCGGCAAAUGGGGAGCGUGCACACAAAAAUAAAGAAGCUGGAACUACAGUGCAGACGGCUGUCUAAAUGGAAGGACGAGAUGACCCGCAGGCUUCUAUCGUCCUUGCCGGAGGACCCGGCUCAGGUGGGGCCACAGAGGAGCGGCCCACAGGCACUGGAUGAGCCGCUGGACGCCACGCACCAGACAGCUCGGGGUGCUGAAAGUGAUGUGAAACUCACACGGCAGAGAAAAUGUACAGGGCGAAAGGCUGUAGAUUUUAUAGACUUUUACCAGGCUGGGCCAAGCCAUUCAUACUCCAAUAGGGAGCAACGGAAAAGUACGGUCAAGGUCAGGAAACAGGGAGACGCCCCAAAGAUGGCGGGGAGGUUGAAUAAGUCAUCAUCUUACACGUGCUUACGUCACGGGUCAUCAGAAAGUAUAGAGUGGCCAUCUUUGCCGGGGCGGUCUAAGGGGAGCAUUAUGGAAACAGCUAAAGAGAUUGUCAAAAGUAAAAAAAGUGGAUCUUUUACAAAAAUGGCCAGGAAACGUUAUGCGGACAUUGUUACUCGUCGGUCAAGGGAUGAAGUGACGGACAGAGGAAAACAGCAGCAGCCAUGUUUGCCAGAUAAAGCUGUAGAGACGCGAACUUGGGCGUCAGUGGCGUCAACGUCAGGGCUUGCACAGAAGAAAACGAAAGUAGAUGAUCAGCCAUGUACUAGCAGUGCCUCGCCAAAACCUAUGGAGGUCGAACCUAUGGUUAGCUCUGUCCCCGCGAGUAAAGUGAAGCAGAAAGGCAAGCAAGAUAAACACUGCCCUGAGGGAUGCAAAGGCAAGUGUAAGGCGCAGGCCGCGAAAUUCAGUUCACGAAUCGCGGACGAUAAUCUGGAUAAAAAACUGAAGCUAAAAGCCGCGAAAUAUCGAACUAAGAGAGCCCAGUCCGGAGACUCGUCUGACGAGAGUUGCCGAACGUCUGAUCACAGCCCGAACUACAGACAGAGGGGCCAGAACUGGUGCAUUGACAACAUGUCGGUGGUCUACACCAGACCAGUGGCCUCCGUCAUCUCCCUUCAUUCCCCGACUGGACACAAGCAGAGAAGAGAACUGAACAAGUGCAACAACCAACAGGAGACGUCCUGCCACGGAGAGCUGGUCACCACAGUCACGACUAGACGCUCGACCAAGGAGUUUGUACACAAGGCCAACCCGGAUGAAACAAACGUGGACUUGUGUGAUCGCCUCAGCUUGAUCUCGUUCCAAUCCUCCGUGGAGUCUGACCAGCCCAGCUGUUCCAAGUCUAGGCCGAGGCCGCGAGACAACGGGCGUCAGCGAUUAAACAAACCCAAACGGGCGUCAGCCAAUCAGAGAGAAGCUUCCAAAUCUAACACAGAAAACAGCGAGCCGAACAAACAACGGAAAAAAGUUUCGGUACGCUACCGGAAGUUACUCCGAGGAGAAAGCGGCAGACUUGACGCCAAGACCGUGACGGAGCUGAACACCCGCAGCAAGCGGAGCGAAACGCUGGAGGGGGACAAGGAGAUGACGAGGGCCAUCCAGCGGAGGCAGCGCCAGGAGAGGCAGCAGACGUCACACGACCUGCAGAGGUCACCCACCCUCGUGCAGGACACGUCCAGGCGCGUGUUGCCAGGGCGGGCGUUGGCUCCAAAAUCUGGCCAAUCACUGAAGCCCGCCAAGAAAACUGCGCCCAGCAACAAGGAACCAGUCUCGCGUGAGCGACAGCAGACGUCUAGAGAACCCCAGCAGAAGGUUGAUGCUGGCCAUGAGACGUCUAGAGAACCUCAGCAGAAGGCUGAUGCUGACCAUGGGUUUGUCAAACCACGACUUACCAAAAAGAAAGCUGCGGUGAAAGAUGUUGCUGACGAACCAGGCGAUACAGAAGUGUCGAUCAUAGAAACUGGUUGUAUGGACAUAGAUCCCAUCGAUGUGGACGAGGUGGAUUUAGACUGACCCGACGUGUGGUGGCACCAGUCACGUGACUACCAACAGCAACAACCCCAUGCGAUUAGAGACAACAGAUGGGAAGAAGCCCACCAACAGAACCAUCUACGUGUGCCUAUUGAUGGUUAUAUUAACUAGUUCAUCUGUCAUUAGUGAAUAAAGCAUCUCCAUCGG